GGGAAAUGACGUCAGAGGCUGAGAGAAAGAGCCAGACAGAGAGAGAAGCUGAGCUCGGAGUGAGCGGCGGGGAGAGGUCAGAGGUCAGCGCGGGACCGUAGAGGGGAAAGGUCAGGAGGUCAGCGCUGGACCGAGGGGCUUCCUAGUUCUGGGCACCAACAUGGAGACAGAGAGUGAACAGAAUUCCACCUCCACCAAUGGGAGCACUGCCUCCAGCACCAGCUCCCGUCCACAGAUUUCUCAGAUGUCUCUGUAUGAACGCCAGGCUGUGCAGGCUCUCCAGGCUUUACACAGACAACCAAAUGCAGCCCAGUAUUUUCACCAGUUGAUGUUGCAACAGCAGCUAAGUAAUGCACAGCUACAUAGCCUUGCAGCCGUUCAGCAGGCUACCAUCGCGGCCUCCCGCCAGGCUGCUUCUCCUAAUACUGGUUCCAAUCAGCAGACCAGCACCACCCAAGGAUCACAGGCAAGUUUAUCAACCAGCUCUUCAGCCCAGCUCUUGAGUCGCACUCAGAAUGUCACCGCCCCCAGCGCUACAACACUUACCCAGUCAGUUCUACUCAGCAAUGCCAGCUCCCCACCCCUCAGUCAGUCCCAAACACAAAUGUACUUACGGCAGCAGCCUCAGCUGGGAAAUCUUUUACAAGUAAACCGUUCUCUUGGCCGGGGAGUCCCACUGAACUCUCAACUUAUUCUAAUGCCGAAUGGCUCAGUGGCUACUGUCCAGCAGGAGGUGGCGCCAUCGCAGAACCAAGGAAUGCAUGACUCAGACCAGGUUCAGAACCUGGCUCUCCGAGGUCAACAAACGGCUCAGGCCACUUCCACUGCUGCGGGAUCCACCAUUGCUCAUCCUGCACCUCCACCAUCCAAACCAGCUACUCAUCCGACACCCUCUUCCUCAGUGCCCCCUCAAUUGCCUUCCUCCACUGUACCACAGACUGUGAAGAGUCCUUUGGCCUCAUCAGGGGGCACUGUGAGCCAAGGGAGUCAGACGGAGGCAGAGGGUAGAAAAACAGAAGGGGAGGGAGUACAGCAGAGCGUUGGUAUCAACCUGACCAGAGCCGCAACUCCAGCACCCAAUCAGACCCUGAUCAGCUCUGCUACAUACACUCACAUACAGCCUCACUCAGUCCUACAGCAGAAGCAGGUGGUGUUCCAGCAACAAAUUGCCAUCCACCAGCACCGCCAGUCCCAGCUUGUCCAUGCCUCAGCUCACCUGCAGCUGGCACAGCAACAGCCCCAGACUGCCUCACAGCAAGGUAUGCAGGCACCUCCUGCACAACAGACCCUCGUUGUACAGCCAAUGUUGCAGACAACUGAUGCAAGUCUGCCGACCAAAGCCCCCGUGCCCAUUCAGCCCAAGCAGCCAGGCAAAGGGGUUCCCCCUCUAAAUCUUCAAGGACACCUAGCAGCCAAACCGACUCAAGGUUCCAGACCACUCCCCACACCCCCUCCUAAUCAGCCUCACAUUCCAGUGCAACUGGUUGGUGCCAGACAGCAAGGUCCUGCUCAAGCACUGGCCUUAGGAGCCCCUCAAGUUCCAUCACAAGGGUCAUCCCUAAGUCAGAUGACACUGCCUCCUUCUCCAGCACCUGUCUCGACUGCUGUGUCUGGUGCCGUGCAGGAAGCCCAAGCUGCCUUCUAUGGAGUUCUGCAGGGCAAGAUGUCUGCAGCAGGAAAGAGGAAGGCAGAGUCCGAGGAGGACAGGGAAGAGUCUCCAACACUACCGGUAAAAGCAUCUCCCCCAGCAGAUACUCCACCAACGGUUGAAGAGAGCAGCACCCCAGCUGAUAAGUCUGAAGCUGCCUCUCAAGUCACCCCUGCUCUGUCUGUGUCUGCACCUCCUUGUGCGCCCGCCCUCUCGAUCACGUCACGUCAGCACAAUGACUCCAAGCCCCCGCAAGCCAUUGUGAAGCCACAGAUCCUGACUCAUAUUAUAGAGGGCUUUGUCAUCCAGGAGGGAGCAGAACCCUUUCCUGUUGGCAGUCCUCAAAUACCAAAAGACCCUGAGAAGGUCGCCGGGACUGUUACCGUUUUGCUUCCAGUGGAGAGUCCUCCCCCUCAGCUUACACCAGACCAAGCUAUCGGUGAUUCUUGUAGCUCCAAACUGUUGAAGUGUGAAUACUGUGGCAAGUUUGCUCCAGCAGACCAGUUCCGGGGUUCAAAGCGGUUCUGUUCAAUGACCUGUGCCAAGAGAUACAAUGUAAGUUGUAGUCACCAGUUCCGUAUUAAAAGGAAGAAAUUGAAGGAACUUCAAGAAGUGGGAGGAGUGAGAGUGCGCAGACGCGGCCCACGAAGAAACAGUUCGGAGAUUGCACGUGCCAAGAUCCAGGGGAAGCGAAUGCGGGUAACAGAGGAGGAUUCCAGCCGUGGUUCUGAUAAUUCCAGCUACGAUGAGGCUUUCUCCCCCACCUCCCCAGCCCCUCCUUCCUGUAGGACACCCCACACAGAGAGAGAAGGAAGUACCCCAACCAGCGGACCCUCCAGCUCGGAUCUUCUGGGGAUCAAUCCAGUUUUUCUAUCUAGCAAUCCCAGCCGCUGGAGCGUGGAGGAGGUGUAUGAGUUCAUUUCCUCCUUACAAGGAUGCCAGGACCUUGCUGAAGACUUUCGGUCUCAAGAGAUCGACGGGCAGGCUUUGUUACUGCUGAAGGAGGAACACCUUAUGAGUGCCCUGAAUAUUAAACUGGGACCUGCUUUGAAAAUCUGCGCCAAAAUCAACCUGUUAAAGGAAACUUAACUGAGCGUGUUUUCCCUACAAAGCACAAGGGGGUAGAGGAGACAAUGGACGACUCCCUGAACUAUUAUCCCCCCCCGAUAUUUCUCCAGAGAAUUGUGUAGGGAAGCAAUAGAGCAAAACUGACAAGAGAGGAACAGCAGCCUUCUCCACUACCGGCCACCAUCUAGUACACUCCCCUACGCUCCGAGCUCUUCUUUUACCAUUUAAUCAUUAUUACCCGAAAUAUAUAUCUAUAUCUUCUGUAUGUUUGUAUCUGCUCAUUCAGGUACCAUGCCUGCCAUUGGGAAAACGACAGGCAUGUGAAGAUUGUAACUGCAGGCCAAGCCUGGUGCAGUUUGAGGCUCUGUACGUAUCAGACAGUACUUGCCUAAGCAAGGGGGAGUACCACAAGUAGAUGCAAGGGGGCAGCAGAGAGCAAUCUGUGUACAUGUAGCACAUCUGUAGACCAUAUACAGAUGAAAGCGUACUUGUAAAUAUACUGGUCUGUGCAGGUACAGGGGCCUCUUCUGACGUAUCAUAUGCACACAUUUCUACAUACGACUGAAUGUAUAUAUAGUGAGAUCCCCUGGUGACGCGUGCUCUAGAAACUGGUACUUCAGACAUGUCCACACUGUAUUUUCCUUGUGCCUCUUAGUGUACGCUGGUCUGUUGCACACAUAUGCAAUGGUUCGGUAUGUUGGAC